AUAGCACACAGCCAAAGCCACCAGCGCUCGUCACCUCCAAUCAACAAAUUCCCAAUCCGCCGCUUCCCAUCCCGCGUUCGCCGCUCCAUUUGAUCGAAUUCCCGAUGGCGCCCAAGGCCGAGAAGAAGCCCGCGGAGAAGAAGCCGACGGAGGAGAAGGCCGAGAAGAAGCCCAGGGCGGAGAAGCGCGUGCCGGGCAAGGAGGGCGGCGAGAAGAAGGGGAAGAAGAAGGCCAAGAAGAGCGUCGAGACGUACAAGAUCUACAUCUUCAAGGUGCUCAAGCAGGUGCACCCGGACAUUGGUAUCUCGUCCAAGGCCAUGUCCAUCAUGAACUCCUUCAUCAACGACAUCUUCGAGAAGCUGGCUGCCGAGGCCGCCAAGCUCGCCCGCUACAACAAGAAGCCCACCAUAACCUCCCGGGAGAUCCAGACUUCGGUGCGCCUCGUCCUUCCUGGCGAGCUCGCCAAGCACGCCGUCUCCGAGGGCACCAAGGCCGUUACCAAGUUUACUUCCUCUUAGAUCGCCGCCGCACGGAGCGACGGCUCUGUUUCGUUUCCUCGUACUUUUAGGCCAGUGCUAAUAGGUUGCUCGAGGAACAAUGUAGUGUGGAAAUUUCUAAUAUAUUCCAAAUUGUGCUGAUAUAAUUUGCUUCAAACCUUGAGGAGGCGCUGUUUUAAUUUGGGGUUGCUACAGCCGUACAAUUUUUGGCGCCAAUAUCUUGCUUCGUAUUCACUGGGGUUCAAUCACCUGAAUCAUGUAAUUUGUUCAGGGGGAUAAAUAACAUUUAUCAAAGGAUUGUGAGAUAGUACAGAUAACAAAUCAGCUGGCAGUGCUAUGCAAAA